AUGGCCGACGGAGGUGCCGCGACGUCGCCACCGAAGCGACUCAAGAAGCUGCCGUUCAAGCCCACGGCGCUGCGCAAGACGUCGCUGCCCAAGCACGCCUCCAGCGACGACGACAAGAAUGCGCCCGACGACAACAACAACAACAACGAUGACGACGGGCUCGCGCUCUUCCGCAGGGCCAAGGAGAUGGAGCCCAUUGUCGCGGCGGAACGCGAGCGCAGGCUCAAGAAGAAGCAGCAGCGCGAGGAGGAGAAGAGGAAACGGGCGUCCAUCAAGCUGGGCAAGCGGCCCCUACAGGAAGACGGUGACGAUGUUGACGCCGCGCACCACGACGACGGCCCAUCGUGGGAGCACGGAAGCCCCUCGAAAGAACCACCGUCGACGGCAGAGUCCGCGGCCGGCCUCGGCCCCAACCCAGUCAGCCUUGAUAAGUCUACGACCGUGGAAAAGGAGAGCUUCAGCGAUCUGGUUACCCCUCCCGCGUCGAAGCGCACGAGGAUCGGUUUAACUCCCACUGAGACCCCGAUCCCGUCUUUUGAGGAGGCCGAAGAAGUUGCCGUCGACUCGCCAUCUACGCGCCUUCUACGGUCAAACCGCAAGGCAGCCACGCCGAUCAAGAGCUCCCCUCAGAGGGCGGCGCCACGGGCGUACGACGUGGUCAUCCCCAUCGACUCGGACUCGGAGUCGGACGCCGUCUUUGCGACUCCGUCCAGACGACGCCGAAGCACCAGCGGCCUCGUGGUGGUCGACGACUCCCCCGCUCUGCUGCCGCCCGACGACGAGGACGCCGAGUUUGAAGAGUACGUGCGGAAAGCCGAGCAGCAACGCGCGCGCGACCAAGCCAUGAUGGACAGUGGCACGGACACUGGCACGCCGGCCCCAAAGGAGCAGGUCGAGAUAGUCGUCACGUCUCAGGUGGCCAACACGUCAUCCUUCCGUGCCAGGUUUCUCUACACCAGGCCGCUCAAGGUGGUGCGCGACACGUGGAUGGCGGUGCAGGAGCAAAAGGGGGCCACCCUCCCGGUACAAAGUGCCGACGACAUCAUCCUCACCUGGCGGCGCAAGCGCGUCUACGUCACCUCGACGCUCCUCCACCUGGGCAUCCGGCCGCGCCACGGACGCGUCUGGGUGGACGGCAACAGCAGGGACGGGCUGAUGGAAGACGCCAAGCGGGUGCACAUGGAAGCGUGGACGCCGGAGCUAUUCCAGGACAUGGAGCGCGAGGAGGAGCAGCGGCUGAAGCGCGAGGCUGGCGAGCUGUCCGAAGAAGAGUACGUCGACGAGGAGCCGCCGGCGCCGGAGAUCAAGAUCAGGGUGAUACUCGAGGCCAAGGGUCUCGAGGACGUCAGGCUGACGGUGCGGCCCGAGACGACGGUCGAGACGCUGGCGACGGGGUUCCGAAAGGAGCGGGGCGUCGGGUCGGACACACAGCUGCGCGUCAGGUUUGACGGCGAGUGGCUGGACGAGCACGUCACCAUGGAGGAGGCCGACGUCGAGGACAUGAACAAGUUUGAGGUUCACUUCCGGUGA